AUGGACAUGCCCGCCCGCCGCGUGAGCCAGAGCAGUCCUGCCCCGCCAGACUUCCGCGGUCGUGCAUCCUUUGUCGGCAACGAGUCUCCGGCUCCUAGUGCACCCGGCACUCCUCUGUCGCUCGCCCUGCCUAUGAAUCCUCCGCAAACCACACACAGCCGCCGCUCCUCGUUCGGUUCCGUCUCCGUCUCAGGCCAGUCGAUGCGCCGCUCAGUCUCGCCCAGUCCGUCCAUGCCUCUACCCGCCGUCAUGCCCUCCGCUUCCCCAAGCAUCGGUGGUGGCCUAAAUAUGCCCUCCCGUAGCACCGGCAUGUACGCCAACGAGACCUUUACAUCAUUCUUCCGCCGCUUGACGUUCGCUCCCGAUGGCAGUCUGCUCUUCACUCCUGCUGGUCAGCACAAGGAAGCCCAUCCUCCUACAACCGAACCGAACAAGACAGACGACGUGGUCAACAUGACGUACAUCUACACAAGAGCUGGACUUAACAAGCCGCCUGUGGCAAAGUUGCCUGGUCACAAGAAGCCUUCUUUGGCCGUCAAGUGUUCGCCCAUCUUCUAUACCCUCCGCGCGUCGCCGGUCCCAACAAAAGAUAUCACCAUUGAUACACACAUGGACGACGAGAUCCCUCUUCUCCCAGAGCCUGUCGUGCCUUCGAAAUCCACCAACUCCAUGGAACCUCCCCCGAUUGUGCCAUCCCCAGCACCAAGUCAUGCGCUUCCGGCGCCCAUUCCUUCGCCCCGGGCCGAAGACGGCUCUGCUGCACCGACACCCCUGAAUGGUCCCCCACCCGUCUUCGAUCUUCCAUAUCGCAUAGUCUAUGCUGUCGCUACCCAGGACUCCGUUCACGUCUAUGAUACCCAGCAAUCCAAGCCGCUUUGCGUCGUGAGCAAUCUGCAUUAUGCCACUUUCACGGACCUGACUUGGUAA